AUGCUGUCUGGCCGUGGAGUCUGGGGCGGGGCGAGGCGGGACGAGAAGGAAGCCGAGCCAACCCGAGAUGGAGCGGGCGCUCGGUCGGAACUCACUGGGAGUGGGGCGUGGAUAAGCAAGGGCGCGAGGGGCAGAGGCAGAGCCAGGGCAGAGACCCAGCCUGUGUCGGGUCGGUGCUGUGACGCACGGGGCCGGGGGCGGGGCCUGGCCGCCCGGAAGACCCGGGACCGCGUGGUGGGCCGCGGGCCGUGCGGCUGCAGUGCGUCCGCCGCAACGCUAGGGGGCGAGCGCCGGGGGGGCGGAGGGGUCCGAGCCGGAGACAGCAAGAUACGUAUCCAAGCCGAACGAGGACGCGGAGCAUCCCGGAGACCGGCGUCAACAUACCCUAUACACCAGGUGGAGCUGAUCCUGAGUACCAGCCCAGCCCAACUGACUCUGGAUCCUGCACGCCAGGCAGAGGUGACACUGAGAUCCAACCUGGCCAAGCUGAUCCUGGAUCCUACACACCAGCCAGAGCUGACCCUGAGCCCCAGGCUAGCUGAAUUGACCCUGGGUUCCGCAUGCCAUGCAGAGAUGACCCUCAGUCCUGGCUUAACUGAGCUGACCCUGGAUCCUGCACACCAGCCAGAGAAGACCCCAGCCCCCAACCUGGCUGAGCUGACCCUGGAGCCUGUGCACUGCCGACCUGAGCUCCUGGAUGCCUGUGCCGACCUCAUCAACGAGCAGUGGCCCCGCAGCCGCGCCUCCCGCCUGCACUCCUUGGCCCAGUCCUCAGACGCCUUCCCCCUCUGCUUGAUGCUGCUGAGCCCCCACCCCACGCCAGAAGCAGCCCCCAUUGUAGUGGGCCAUGCCCGCCUGUCACGGGUGCUGGACCGGCCCCAGAGCCUCCUAGUGGAGACGGUGGUGGUGGCCCGGGCUAUGAGGGGCCGUGGCUUUGGCCGCUGCCUCAUGGAGGGCCUCGAAGCCUUUGCUCAGGCCCGGGGCUUCCGCCGGCUACACCUCACCACCCAUGACCAGCUGCACUUUUAUGCCCACCUGGGCUACCAGCUGGGUGAGCCUGUUCAGGGUCUGGUCUUCACCAGCCAUCUGCUGCCUGCUACCCUGCUCAAGGCCUUCCCCAGGGCCCCCUUUCUCCAGCCACCGUGCAAGGCCCCCAGCUGUCCCAAGAGCCCCCGAAGGGUCCCAAGAGCCCCCAAGGGGUCAUCAUUACCACCACCCCCUCCCCUGCCUGAGCCCUUGACCACCUUACCCCCACCUCCAGCAGGGGCCCGUCCACACAGCCUGCGGGAGACACAAUACCAAGACCUGAGAGGGCGCCCCAUAUUCUGGAUGGAGAAAGACAUCUGAGGGCUACCCAGGGCAAGAUGCUGUCUUUCUGGGUCAGUUGACUGCCCAGGACAGUACCAGCCUCAGCCCACUGGCCAUCCCUCCACUUCUAGCCCCUAAGGGCAGCUUCAGCCGAGGCAUGUUUCCUGAGUGCCAGUGGAGACGGCACCAUGGCUGUGGCUCAGAGCUCUCAGUGUGGCUGAAUAAAGGCUUCUGUUGGGUUUGCUUGUGACAAUGUAUUUGUUGACCUAUCUCCCAGCCUUGUCUUAGGUCCUCUAUCCCUGCAGGAGCCCUCAGAUCCACCUUG